AAGAGGAGCAACAGCCUGAGGCUGCUGCAGAUCCAAUGUCCUCCUCUGAUGCACCAGAAGAUGGCCCAAAGGAAACGUCAAGUGUAUCGCAGAAUAUCUGUAUGUUUCUGGUUUGACUGGGGAGGGUGUAUCACACUGGAAGGGUAUUAAGCUAAAUGUCCUUGCCUUUUCCUUAGCUAAAAAGGACAGGGUGGUUAGCACAAAAGGGAGAUGCUAAUGAAGUCAUAGCUGACUUAAUCUGUUCUUGAUUUGUUUCAAGGCCCAGUUGUGUAAAUCAAAUUCAGAAAGAGCAAUGACAUAUUGAUUCUCAGUUUGCUGAUCCCAUACUUUCAAAAGUAAAUAUUUUUAGAUUUAAUAGAUAUACUCAGCUAUUGUUUUGAGCUCAGUUAUUGCUUUCUAAGCCAGUGAUGCGUAAGUAUGUUUUGACAGUCUGGCAUCUAGUGAUAUGAUGUUGAUCAGUUGUCCCAAGUGGAAUGCUUUGCCCACACUAGCAUGUUAAUAUUUUGGCAAGCCUGCAGGAUGUGGCAAUAGAAGUAUUCCAACCAAAACUGUCUUGUGAAUCCCAGGAAGAGAGUAUCUUUUCUUAGCUGUUACUGGUAAGGAUCAGAUAAUGACAGGCAUUUCUUUCUCAAGAGGAGAAAACAAAGGCUUCUUAAGAUUUGCUUUAUGUAUAUUGAUACACUGUUGUGAUAUUAAUGUAUACAGCGCUUAUUUGUAACAAUAGGAACAUUCAAAUUGUUCUUUCUGGUGAGUAAUAGGCUCUAAACCACCUUAGGGCAAAUUAGUGUGUAACAGCAACAUUGCUGAAUAAUUCCUAGGGAUCUCAACUUUCAUGGGAUCAAAGAGAGCCUUGACUAAAGGUAUGGGAGGCAUAUGCAGACCUGAAGAAGCAGAUUAAUUUUUUAUGUUGCUUUUUUCUCCCGAUAGAGAAGUUGGUUCAAUGAAAAACAUAGCUACUCCUGAGAAUGUUUUCCUUAAUUGUGUCCUUAAAUUAUAACAUCUGGCACUCUACCACUAUAGCACUUUUUCUUCACAUGAAACAUUAUUCAGUCCAGUACCGAGUAUAUGUGCGAGGUGAAGGGUUAUAAAAUAAAUAGCAAUUACACCCUUUAAGGAUUACCAAAUACAUAGAAAUCACUUUCAACUGGGGGAAUCUGAACAAUAAAUGGCUUUAGGCUAGGAAAGUACUUGAGACAGAUGUUACACACGCUUCCCCAUGUAUUAUAUUCUCCCUUACAUAUCCACUUUUGACCAUAGUGGGAGGCAGGAUAUUUGCUGAGGUGGGUUUUUGUUGAUCUGCUAUGACUGCUUUUAUAAUUAUGUGACUGCGAGUGCUACAAAUGCAACAGCCUUUCCUCUUCUUCCUUUUUCAGUCAUGUUUUCCUUACCUCCUCCUUAGCAUCACCAUCUGUUUUGGCAGCAACAUUGUCUUAGCUCAGACAGUACUGAUUGCAGCACACCAUGUUCUUGGGUAUUGACCAUGAAGUAGUAGGUUGCUAAAAUGCUAAGAAGGAUGUUGAAGGGUUGCUUUUAUUUUUCUGGUUUGGGUUUUUCUUUUGUUUGGUUGGUUUUCUUUUAAUUUGGUGGGGUUUUUGGUUGGUUGGUUUUGGUUUGGGGUUGGUUUUUUUUUUUACAUAAAGUCUUACGAGAUUAGUAUUUGUGGGACAGAACUGGGGCCAGAGCCACACAAUUAAAUCCGAUUCAUAAAAUGAAUGUGUGGUAGGAGGCUGUAAUUUAUCUGCGUCUUUGACAUCCUGCCUACAAACUGUUCACUAAUCUUUCUUUUUUUCCCUGGGCUUAUGAUCCUAUUCCAGGCUUCUGGAGACCACUUGAGACCUCUGCUAACUUGUGCAGCAGCUUGCCAGAGAAAGAGAGUUGGUUGGAAACAAAACUCUGCUUUCCUGCUUGAUACUUUUUUUUCUAAGAUGCAUUACAGCUUAAAGAUGACUCAUUCAAAGCGACUUUUAUUUCCCAUUGCUAUAGAGUUAAAGCUUCCCUAUCUCAGUCAGUGAGGCUAUCUGGCAUUUAACAAGUAACUGUGAUGGAACUGAUAGAUCCUCCUGUUUUCCAUAUGGCAAGCUUGACAUAGAGGGGCUAAACUCACACUGUACCAUUUUGAUCUUAAAUAGUUGUUGAAUCUAGGGAAGAAUGAUUGGAUUCCUGACCUAAAUACCUCUUGAGGUUUAAUUUUCCUCUGUGUACUGAUCCCUGGUGUGUUAAUCAUGGAAAAGGCUAAGGUUGGUACUGUAGGUAUCCUAUAUGUGCCAAUAUGUGCAGGUGACUUUGCCAUCAUAUUCACACCAGUGUCCAUGUGUUGCUAUCAUUUAUAUAGAUAAGAAUCCCAAAAUGGAACACUUUGGGUUUAGAAUUUUAAAAUGCUCUUUUUUUUCUUUUUAUUUUUUCUCUAAUUUAGUGUAUACCUUUUCUAAGUAUUCUUUGCUUCUCUGUCCACCUCACCUGCCACACAGCUUCUCUCUUUCCCUUACUGAACUGCGUGGACAACCUGUCCCAGUGUCCACAGGGUAGGAAACCUGGACUGAGACCCAUGCUUGGAGGCAGCCUCUCCAGUGAUGGCACUCUCAAUGAUGUAGCUUCAGAAUUGAAUCUGAUGCAGAUGCAUUUAAAAUUCUUCUGGAGAUGAAGUUGAAGAAGAGGCAGAAAAGGCCUGCUUUACCAAGCACUGUCACUGAGCUUGACACUGAGGAUGGGUCUAAAGUAUAUGUGGUUGGAACAGCCCACUUCAGUGACAGCAGCAAAAAGGAUGUAGUAAAGACAAUACAAGAAGUGCAGCCUGAUGUAGUUGUGGUGGAACUAUGCCAGUACAGAGUUUCUAUGUUAAAGAUGGAUGAAAAGACAUUACUAAAAGAAGCCAAAGAAAUAAAUCUGGAAAAACUUCAACAAGCUAUAAAGCAGAAUGGAGUCAUGUCUGGAUUGAUGCAAAUGCUGCUUCUGAAGGUAUCUGCUCACAUCACAGAACAGCUGGGAAUGGCCCCAGGAGGAGAAUUCAGGGAGGCUUUCAAAGAGGCCAGUAAAGUACCUUUCUGUAAAUUCCACCUCGGUGACCGACCCAUCCCUGUUACAUUUAAGAGAGCAAUUGCUGCACUUUCCUUCUGGCAAAAAGUCAAGCUUGCUUGGGGCCUUUGCUUCUUAUCUGACCCCAUCAGUAAAGAUGAUGUGGAGAAAUGCAAACAGAAGGAUUUACUGGAGCAGAUGAUGGCAGAAAUGAUUGGAGAAUUCCCUGAUCUUCAUCGAACAAUUGUCUCCGAACGAGAUAUUUACUUGACCUACAUGCUGAAGCAAGCAGCAAAGCAGAUAGAACUACCUCGAGCUUCAGAAAAUGAACCUAGAAAAUACAUCCCAGCUGUUGUAGUUGGUGUUGUUGGAAUGGGUCAUGUACCUGGAAUUGAAAAGAACUGGAAUUCUGACUUAAAGAUCCAAGAAAUAAUGAGUGUGCCUCCUCCAUCAACUUCAAGUAAGAUUUUCAAAUUUGUUUUAAAAGCAACAGUUUUUGGACUGCUGGGAUAUGGCUGCUACCGAAUAGGUCACAGGACAGUUCAGUUUGUUCUCUCAAUGCCAGCAACACAGAGCUAUCUUCAGAGGCUGACAGAGGUGCCUCAGCAGUGAACAUUGAGUGGAGGCUCUGUGUGAAGAAGGUGGCUGAAGAAAGGGUGAUGGAGGCAACAUGUAAACUGGACUGAAGAAUGAGGAUUCUAGUCAGAGUUGACUGAUGCUGAGCAACACUCAAUUACUAUAUAAUAAAAGAUUUGAUACUAAAGUUACACCAGCUAUGAUCUGAUUAAUAGUUUUGAUUCUUGGUAGGUGUGUUGCAUGAAACCAGGUGAUUCCAGAUUGAGGUAAAAGAAAUGUGUAUGCAAAUAUAUAUAUAUAUAUAUAUAUAUAUAUAUAUAUGUAUAUAUAUACGUGUGUAUAUCAUAUAUGCAUACUAUAUAUAUAUACACUAUAUAUAUGCAUUAUAUAUAAUAUAUAUAUUACUGAUGAUGUAGUACAGGGAGCUUAAAGAAUGUGUGUUCAUGGCUCCUUUCCAGAGGAAAGAACAACACAAAAUAAUCUAAUCAGCUGCAUCUCCUCUGAAGUUCAGGGACACUUGAGUGAUUCUUUGCUUUUUUUCCUAAGGUAUAAUAAUACCAAGUGGUUGUUUCUGGUGCCAGACACUUUUACACGUAAUUUAAAAGGACAUCUUCUCAAUGUGUGUUUUAUACCUAAAACGUUUAGGCUUUUUUUUAAACUUAAGAGCUUUCCAGAAAUUUCAGAACUGUACAGGCUGUCAUACGUACACGGCUCAAAUUUUUUACAAGCCUUACUGAAGAACAGGAAUGUUGCCUUUAGAUUGUGUCCCUUGUUACCACCACCAGUUGAAUUGUCUUUCUCCUGCAUAGAGAAGGUAUAGCCACCCCAUCAGAAUGCAAUGUGGUUUGUGUCAGAUGUUUACAGGACACUCUGUUCAUUUAGAUUAGCUUAUUUAAACUGUAUUAUUUAGCCAAAUCCUGCUGGUUUCAGUAUUGUAAAUUUAAGAGACUAGAACUACUGUACAAUUUACUUUUGUUUCUCGGACCUUUCAUAUUUGGCAUAAAAAGCCUGAAUUAAUCUGCCCCUUGUUUUUGCUACAUGAAAAUAUUUUAUUUAUCAAUGUAAUGUCUCAGUGGAUGAAUAUUUUAAUCUAUUUAAUAGGAAAGCAGUGUUCAAUUUAGUUUUUCAACCAACUGUAGCAUUUUAUUUGGAUUACCUGCUAUUUAUACAUAGAAUUAUGGGUACUACAGACUGCUGUUAUUUUCUUUUUUAAUUAUCCAGAACAGUAAUCCAUCAUCAAUCUAUUUCUUCCCUUUUUUUGGUUUUUUUUUUUUUUUAGUCCUAGGUUCGUAUUUCAUUGGAAUUUUUGGUACCUUCCCUUUAUAAGGAUUGUCAGUGAUUGUAAAAUGCCCUUGGCAAUCAGCUAGUCUGAGUUCAACAAGACAGAUAACAUUGUCAUAUCGAAGUUAACCUGAUGUAUUUGAAUGGAAGAGUCCCAUUUGCUCCUCAGGCUCAUACAGUUGGUCAUUGCUGAAAGUGAGGUUUUUAUCUGUAUUCUUUUGGGAGUGAAAGAUAGCAACCACUGUGUGAGGCAGGAGGAGACAAAGGUGAUGUUGUGUUUUGUGUCUGUGUUUUUUCAGUUGGUUCAAUAAAAUCCAGAAACCACUUUUAAUAGGGUGCAUUUCCAAAGCCUUGUGUUGGAAAUGGUCCCGUACAGCCUUUUGUUUGCUGAAAAUAUGUACAUGUAUCUUCUGUACAGUGUUGUCUUUUUCAAGCUUUUAAAAUUAAGGGUCUGAUGCUCCUUUCUGUGAUGGCAUUGACUUUGCUGGGAGCUGGUCUGUCCAUGCAACCUGAUGCUUUUCUGCCUUGCACUUUGAAAAUUUUAUCAGUUCCAGUGCAGGAAAUUAUUAAAGUGCAUGUUUGUCUUUAAACUUACUGAAUCUAACCCUGUUCUGCAUAGCUCUUAAGAUAAUGCUAGGUGCUUUUCUGGUUCUGGGCCUUACAGGUGUCCAGGGAAUAAACCUUAGCAAAUGAGAAUGACAGCAAUUCAUGCUUCUAGGACACAAAGUGUACAUGAUAAUAUAGAAGACAGUGGGGCAGGUCCUUUUAUUUUCUAUUUAUCAGUGCUUAAGAAACCACCAGCCAUCUCUAGCAAGAGGAAAAGCAGCAUUUGUAAACAAUGUAUAGAAGAGUAGAGUGACUGUCUGAAUUUUGAUUCCUGUUUUUUAAAAACGUUUAAGGUAUUGUUUACAAUUAAGCAGUCCUAUUUGAAUAAUUCUAUUACAUUUUAUGUACAUUUUUAAAAGAUGAAAGCAAAAGCUUAAGCUCACUCUUCUCCUGGCUUUACUGACAUACCAAAAUGUUGUUCUGUUGGUUGUUUUCUUGAGAAUAUUUAGCCGGUAGAAUUAAAUAUAUGGAUAUUUUGCUUUAAGUUAUCUACAGAUUUUUUAAGUAUCUGCAGAUAUUUUAAAAGCUCUGUAGAUCUUUGAUAUCUGUGCUCAGGUAAUUUUACACAAAGGAAAACAAAUCUAAGGUUAAUUUUAGAUAGGAGCCUUAAUCUUGGGUGGGACUAAUGCUAAAUGAUUGUCAUGGAGCAUUCUUGCAGACUUAAUGUUUUAUGCUUUUUAGCCAAAAGUGAUUACCAUCUAAGGUGCCCAUUCAUUAUUCAGUUUUUCUCUCCACUCAGUACCUUAAGUCUAUUGCUUCAAUCUUUUUUUUUCUUUUUAAAAAAGCAUAUCAGCAGAUUCUUCAGGGAACCUGUUUGUGGAUGGAGAAUUUGCCGUUUAUCUUCCCACUGUUGCAAAUUGGCAGAUCAUAUGCACGCACUGUUUACUCAGUGGCACUGGAAAGUGAUGAAUUUGCAGAACUAACAAUUUUAUGAAUCCAUACGCAAAUUCUUGAUGUUGUAUAUUCAAUGUUGUACUGUUUAUAUAACAUAAUCAGUGUUUUAGGUCCAUUCUUUUCUGUUCUAGCCAGUCCUUUCAGUGUUAACAGCAUCCUGUAAAAUUUAAGUAUAUGUUGAAUUGUCCCAGCCCCACCUCAACCUUAUGAAGCCAUAUUAUAUUUUUUUGGUGACAUGUACAUCUGUUUUAUGCAUUUGUACAUGUGAUGUGAAGUAUUUUUAACAAUGUGUGCCUUUACUCUAAAAUGAUUUAAAGUAAACAGCAGUAUGUUCUAUUAUAUAAAAAAUAAAAUAUUUUAACCACCAUUUCUGUUGAAGGCAUUUAUUUUCCUAAUUAACCAGUAUUUUUAUUGAGAGCAAACACUGGUUAGCUAGAUCUAGUACAGGAUAAUUCCACCAUCUAACACAUUUUCCUGCAGGACAUUAGUUGAACUAAAUACCUCCUGCUGAGGGGCAUCUGAGUGUAAUGCUGAAGCAGGGAAACUAGUUUCUCUGCCUACCAUGUGUAAAGAGGAAAAGGAUGAGUUUCCCUGUCCUGCUGAACACACAGGGAGACUGUCUGCUCAACGUGAGUACUUAAAUUCAGAGUCCAGAGUUAGGCAUGGUGAGUUGAUUUUGUUGUUGUUGCUUUUCUUUUAAUCUCUCCAGUGCUGAGUCUUGCAAGGAGCUUGACAGCCUUAGUCCCAGUCCAGCAAAGCACUCCAGCAUUGACUUAAUAUCAGGCACAGUCGUUUGUGCUUAAAGUGCUAUCCUCCAUGUGGGAAAUAAAGACCCUUUAAGUGCAAAAGAUGUUGAAUGAGUGACAAAGAGCUUAAUCUUUCAAAUUGACACAGGUAAAUCAAUAUGACCAUUACUUUAUAAAAAAGUAUUAAUACAAAGAUGCUGUAUUCAUACUUAAAGUAACUAUAUAUGAUAAGCUGUAUUCCAUACAGAUAAUGUACCAUCUGUUUGCACCCUUUGUCAAUCAGUGGUCCAUCUGUUUUGACUGUAUGUAAAGCAAAGUGCAGCCCAUUUUUCCUUCAUCAGGCAAAGUUCCCUCCAGUUGCACUUGACGCUGUGGCUGACAAGAAUUGCUGGGUAAACCAUUUAGGUGGAAGAAAAAACUUUGAACAUUGUAGUCCAGUAGUGUCCCUGGGAGUGGCAGAGGAUGCUGCACAGCAGCUCGGCUCUGGAGCAGUGCUCGGUCAGGCAGCCUCAGGUGGCAUCCAGCAGCUGCCUGCUUUGGGAGUGUAUCGUUCACCAGCAUUACACUGCACACUGCUGGCUCAUGUCACAUUUGCGGUGGUUUUUCUAUACCAAAUACUGAACAAAAUAUAAAAAUUGACUUUUUAAGGUGGAUUAAAAUGUCUGGGUUUCCACUGGAAGAUGUGUUUCCAUGUGUAUUGUAAAACAUCUUAAAAACUGAGAAAUAUAUCAAAUUACCUCAAAGUGGUAGGCAGUGGGAACUACACAUGGAAAAGAAACAGCACAUUAUCACUUGUGUAACCCUAAGAUACUCAUGUAUGUAUUUCCCUGUUUCUAAAACUGAAAUAAACUUUAAUUUUAGACUUGA